ACGUAGGAAGUAAAGGAAAAGUAAGAGCGUGCAAUAGUGCUAUUUGUCAUACCAAGAAAUGGAAAAAUUUGAACGGAGCAGCCAGGUUCCCGGGACUGAUACCGCAUUGUGUUUGGAUAUUUGUUGUGGACUGGAAAACAUUCCGGUGCCAGUUGAAAGCGGGGAUCUGAAUAUACCGGUAUUUAAGUACACUCCACAUCACAUUGCUGGUCCUGGAGCAGAAGUUGACCCUGAUGAAAUCACCUUCACUGGAUGUGAGUGCUUGUCACCUUCUUGCACUGAGGACACCUGCAGAUGUUUUGCUUUCCAUGGAUGUGCUUAUGAAAGUAAUCAAUGCUUCAAAAACCACAACGAAGUAAUGAAUGUUUUUUCUCCACCAAUAUUUGAGUGCAAUAUUAUGUGUAAAUGUAGUGAAAAUUGCAUUAACAGGGUUGUUCAAAGAGGUCUUCAAUUUAAACUACAGGUUUUUAAAACUGCUUCUAAAGGAUGGGGACUACGUACUUUGCAACCGAUAAAUAAAGGACUGUUUGUUUGUGAAUAUGCUGGUGAAAUUUUAGGAUUUGCUGAAGCUUGUCGAAGAACACAGUUACAAACCAAAACAGACAAUAAUUACCUGAUAGCAGUAAGAGAGUACACAAGUAAUGGACAGGUGCUUCAGACUUAUGUUGAUCCUGCUCAGGUGGGUAACAUUGGCCGAUUCAUUAACCAUUCAUGCCAACCAAAUCUAUUCAUGGUUCCAGUUCGGGUGGAUUCCAUGGUUCCCAAACUAGGUCUUUUUGCUGCUAGUGACAUAAUGGCUGGAGAGGAGCUGUCUUAUGACUAUUCAGGGAAAAUUAACAACUUAUCACAGAGAGCAGGCCAGGAUCAAUUUAAUACAGAGGAUGUACCUAACAAACCCUGUCACUGUGGUGCUCCGUCUUGUGUUGGAUUUUUACCAUAUGACAGAUCAUGUUUUGAAUCAUAAAAUCUAUUGUAGGGGUUCAGUAGUGUAUAAAUUAUUUGCAUGCAUUUUGAAAAUAACACAUUGACUGAGAAAAUAAAUGAAGAUCUUUCCCUGAGUUAGAGGAAAUUGUUGCAUCCUGACACAGAGGCGCCUGAUGGAACUGGUCACUGCAAGUUUCUUAAAUCUUUGAUAGCCUGUGUCUGUAUCCAGAAUGUACAGAGGAAGGAACCAACUGUUUGCUGUGAUAUUGUCUAAUAUAAAAAUCUGAGUGAAUUGUGUCUUUUUUCAUCCAUUAUCCUGAGUAUUAUUAGUCAUUAUGGGCCACUUGCUGCAUAUCAUAAGGAUCAUUCGUGGAUAAGCUCAUAGGUAAGUACUAGGCUGGCUGCCCAUAGUGGGCCAUUACAUAUAUGAUAUGGGAAGCCUAGCUAGAGAGAAAGAGUGGUCAACCAUUUUAGUUAUUGAUUUAUUGAUUUAUUUAUUUAUUUAUUUAUUUAUUUAUUUAAUGUCUGUCCCUCAACUGGUUUCAAGUACUUCACAGAAAUUCCACAGACUUAGAUCUUGAGCAGUCCUGAAAACUGAUUCACUUUUCUGGUAUGUUUCCAUGUAUCUGAAAAAGAUAUUGUGCAAUUUUUUAUGACAUUCCAUGGUAAGGUUUCCAACAUGUGCUUUUUCAUGUGGCAUAUUUCCCCCCAAAAGAGUGUCAUCUUAAAAUGUUUGUCUUGCUUUUGGGAAAACCUUGAUACCAUUAACUGUGGGCAUUAUGCCACAUUUAUGACAUUCAGGGAAAAGAGAGUCAAACGUUUGUAUUCAAAUGUUUAAAUUUCAUUAAAGUACUAUAAUCCAAGGCACUGAUACAAUAAAACAAGUUCAAGCA